AUGGUCUCUGCCGUAGUAACUAUGUCAUCCCAAGGCAUCUCAUUUGCUUUUUGUACGAACUACGAAAUGACAAAAAUAGUCGAAAGAUUAGUACCUUUACACAAUAAUGAAUUUAACAACUCUCUGGCGAACAAUAUAUUCCCGAAUACUUGGAAAAUCGUGGAAGUGACUCCCAUUCCGAAAGAAGGUGAUCAUGAGCUGGCAAACAAUAACCGACCCAUUUCCUUAUUACCAGUUCUUUCAAAAGUAUGUGAGCGUGUAGCACUCGACCAACUGACGUCUUACCUAACCACCAAUCACCAUCUCUCUGUGCAUCAAAGUGGCAACAAAACCUGGCAUUCAACGGAAACCUCCCUUAUUCAUUCCACCGACUCUAUUCUUAAAGCAAUUGACCAGAAGAAAGUAACAGUUAUUCUUUUGGACAUGAGCAAAGCUUCCGACAGCAUUAACCAUAAUAUACUGCUUGCUAAAUUGGAGGACGUUGGUGUCUCGUCUAAAUGCCUGGGUUGGUUUAAAAGUUACCUCAGCAAGAGAUACCAAGCAGUACGUAUCAACUCUACUCUAUCUGAGAAAUUGCCAGUGGUUAGCGGUGUCCCACAGGGAAGUAUUCUGGGCCCGUUACUUUUCAGAAUUUAUGUGAAUGAUUUGCCGUCAGUCACCAAAAAUUGUUCAUGA